AGAUAAGACUGAAGGAGUCAAGGACACCGGCUGAUAGGUAGGAAGGAGACAAGCAAGCAGGAACCAGGAGGCGAGAAACCUCGUGUGAAGAGCUGUCAGUCAGUCAUUGUGAGCCAUUUUGAAAAGAAGGUAAGACUUUUAUAUUUUAUGAUACAGCCAGCUUAGUCUGUUCUCAUAGAGCUGUGAGAGGAGUUACACAUAUGUAAAUAUUAAUUUUUAUACAGCUUUAACCCUUAAUAAAGCCUUUAUAAGUGUGAGGGUGUCAUUACCGAAAGAUAUAAUCCAUCUUUUGGUCACUAAUAGUGUCAGUAGAUGCUUUAUAAACGUUAAAUGCGGUUUAGUUUCAUUUUACUCCUUGAAUCAACUUUUUAAUCGGUCUCAUUGUAAUGAAUGUCAUGCUAACGCGUACUAGCAUGUUCAUCAGAGCACACCGGAAUAGAGGGGCUUGCCCACCACAUGUCUCCUGUUAACAGACAUUGUAUGUGUAAGUCGGUGUUCAUGGUUUUAGUUUUCAUGUUGUCAAUGCGACAAGGACGCCAUAGUGAGCAAAGCCCGUGGUCACGUCCCGCAAGUCUCAUUGAGCAGUCUAAUGUUCAGUGGACUGAUGUUGAAUCCAGCUAGCUUCCUCGGAUGACCCUCUCUUCUCAGGGUCAGUAGUCAGUCACCGUGUCAGUAGACUGGCCCUGUUUACUGACCUUGACAGGCAGCAAUAGACUGCUGCAAAGAUAAGAUAUCUGUACUUGAAUAGUAUUGACAGAUACAACCUUAAGUCUAGACUGAUUUCAGAUAAACCCAAGUCUCAUUUACAAGUCUCAUUUACAUGUUAUAUUUCACGGUGAGACGCCUCAUGGAAAUGUAAUGUUAACAUAUGGUAGGGCAGGAGCUAGAUAUGGCUGUGGUUGAAUAGUCCCCAUGAAGGGGAAGUGUUUUAGUCUAGACUGAAAUCAUUCAACACACAGUUAAGAGGGGUAGCAGGUGAAUUUGACAAGCCUAACUGUGGGUCCAGGUCUACAUCCUCUUUGUGAAGAGCAGUUAAAUCAACCCAAACCCUGAGGUGUUGCAUUUGAGGUCACUGCGAGUUAUGCUGUUUUAGCCUGCUCUGUAGACCAGCAAUAUAGAUAUUAAACAUAUUUGCAGUUUCAUCAAUAAUUUUGUUUUAAUUUGUCCGACCAGGAAAACUACUUUGAGAUGAAAAAUCUCCUUUACAAAUAUAUCUCGGCCAGAUUCAGCAGCAGCACAUUCCAGCUUACUGACAAAUGUAUUACAUGUGAUAGUUACACAAACAAUUAACUUUUGGUAUAUGCUGCUGCCUAGACAGUCCUUGAAAGAGAUUUUUCAAUCUCAGUGAAGCUUUCCUGGUUAAAUUAAUCUAAAUAUGAUUAAUAAAGUAAUAAUUAAAAGUGCAAACGUCUAAUGUGUAGUGCUGAUCUGUAUUGGAAGUUAUAACAGAUUUUUCCCUCUGAGAGAUUUCAUUGUAGCUGCUGUAAGAAUCUUAUGGUUAGAUAUUUUACCGCCUCAAUUUGGUCUGCAUUUCCUCUAAAAGACACGCACACCAUAGUGCCACCUGCUGGGACCCCUGUGUAUGUGGGUAACAGGAAGGAUGUACUGCUGCAAAAGUAACCGCCAAAACUUACAUCAUGGUGAAGAAUUGAUAAGUAAUUACAGUAAACAAUAACACCUCAACAGCUAAAGGGGUCAUUGUUUCAUCCGUAGUGAACACAGCUGCAGCCUGUGUUGCUGCUCAUGCCUGUAAUUCAGAAUGUGCUGCUGUUUAAGAUUACUUGUGCAAGCCUUAUAAAUGGGAUUUGCCUGCAUCACUGUUCUGCUGCAUUUUCCCAUGAGCUAGUCAGAGCUUUGCCUCAGUGUGACUAUCACAUGAUAAUUCUCCUACGCACCCCUGACCUCUCUCCCCCUCUUUCCUCCUCUAUUGCUCUCCUCUGCCAUUUUUUUCUCAGCAUCUCUUUUUGUCUCCCACACCUCUCUUUUGUGACCCACUUAAAUGUUUCUCACAACGAGGUCAUAUUUCCUGGAUCUCUUUUUGCGCUCCUUUUAUUACUAUAAUGCUUGUAUACACUUGUCAGUUGGAAAGGGUGUGUUUGCACCGUUAAACUGGUCAUUAUUCACAUGGCUAACUGCCAUUAAGUAGCACAACACUGAAGUGUGUGAUGCAUGAGUUAGUAUCAAAGAAGUAUUUCUUUGUAAAAUGCCACCUAAUGGGCCUCCUUUGGUGGAAAUAAUGUAGAGAAGUUUGCUGAUUCAAGAGUAAUGUUUGAAGAUCCUCAGCUGCAAUCAAUAAGCAGCAAUAAACAACACAUUUGUCCUUAUCUGAAAAUCUUAACCAUCUGGAGUCUCCUCCUUGGUGCACAUUAUGUCAAAACAUCCUUUCCUGGUAAGCUGUGGUUAAAGAAGGCAUAUUUACUGGAAAGCGUAAGAGGCUGGGUUAACUGGUUCGUCUCUCAGUUCUUCGGCAUUUGAUUUUGUGAUUUGUGAAAAGCUUCAGAUCACUGACGGUAACACAGAGAAGGAAGACUACAUUUAUCAGCAAGGAAGAAAGAGGAUGCAUGUGCUUUGACAGAAAGUGUGUCCAAUAAAAUCUUCUGAUACUCUGUCCCAGCUUUUGUAAAAGAUUGAACUGAGGUGUGACUACAAUGCCAGAUUAGCUGAUAAGUUGCCCUUGAGAAUGUUUAACUGUGUCUCUUUGCUGUGUGCCAUUUGCAGCUGCCUCAUAUAAAUACGCCUCUUCUUGCAUGCCACGCUGACAUUUAUUUGAAUGUCAUGAAGAUUUCACUAACUUGUAAUUUUAAAGUAAGAAAGCAUGUCAGAAGUUUGAAACACUCAUCCCUGUGGCUCUUUUCUUCCAAUUCUGUGAAUGUGUGAUAGAUUCAGUCUUCGUAGAAGAGGAGAGGGAACUUUCACUCCCCUGCUUUUCUCCUCCUCUUGGUGACCCUCAGCUGAGUUCACAACACAUCUUGUUGUAAUAUUUCAACUAAGUCCUCUUGCAACAGCUUUAAUAACCUUGUGAAGCAAUCACUUUUUUUUCUUUGAAAAUGAGGCACAAUUUUCCAAAGAAAAGAAAACUAUUAGGAAGUUGCUGUUGCAACAUGUUCAACCCCAUACCUGAAAACCAAAAAGGAAGACACCUCUUAAAUAUUGGCAGUGAUACUUGAUAUUUGAAAGUAGAAAUAGACUCAUGCUUAAUUUGGAUCUAUCUUGUUGUUUCCCUUUUCUCUGUUUGCUUUUUCCCUCUUUCCAUUUGAAUUAUUUGUGCAAAAAAUCUUGAGGGCAGCAUUUUGGAUUGUACCACAUUACGUGUUAACUCUUGCAUAUCCUGUUGUAGUCAGGUAAACCACGCCAUCCUGCCCUCAUUUAACAAGUUUAACCGGCCAUGAAUGUGAGAGCACUUCCCAGGAAGGUGUGACUCAACUUUGCUCUCACUAUCUCCCGCACACACACACGUCUGAAAGUCAUUCAGAGAUACAGGUUGGGUGUCGAAGGCUUCAUGAAGCAAAUGGCUGCCUUCAAGGACAUAAAGCACAUGGUGUCACUUUUCAGCAGCAGAACUCUUUUGUUUUAUUGGGCUUACAUCCAUAGGUCUCUCAACUGAAAGAGCAGCUAAUCUGAUUAAAGUAUUAAGGCCUGGCUUGGUAUUUUUGGUAUGUAAGAUUAUAGACAUAGCUCUGCCACCUUACAGAACAAUUAGCUUUACAAAGCAGCUUAGUCGGCCCUGAUAACAAUUUAAAGCCUGUAUUUGUCAAUUGUCUUCAUCUUGUGUUACUAAGAGGGCUCUAAAUAACCAAAAGUAGGGUUGAAAUUAUUAUUUUUUUGUCGUUUUUGUCAUUGUCUUCUGCUGUGCUGAGUUUUAGCAGGGGCGUUUAAGGCCAUGCUGUGAUCUAAAGUUAGCUGUACUUCAUAGCACCAUGCAUAGUCAACAUGUUUUAAGAAGUGAGUAAUUGUAUGACACUCUACUGGCAUGUCUGCAACCUCUCUUACCUUAUUCAAGUAGACUAUUUUUUAUGUAUGCAGCCUUGGAAAUAUGCUGUUGGAGUUUAGAGAGGUCGUGCUUUGGCACUGCAAAUUAGGGCGGACAGGCCUGCCAGCCCAAUAGUUAGUGUCCCCUUGGCUUUCUCCCAAACCGGCUCUUCUCACGCAAUGUCCAGUUUAUGAUCUACCUUCAGUGGAGCUUGUAAAAUGGCACUUUAGUCAUUAUAAGAUGAUCAUAAUCCAUCCAGGCAUGUUCAACAUCUUUUUGCCUCUUACUCUCAAGGUCUAUUUUUGUCUCUCUUUGUUCCCUGUCUUUGUUAUUCAUGUGUUUGAACAGAGCAGGUAGCCCAAGAAUACAGUUAAAAAUGGCAAACAAAUAAAUGUUAAUACUUAUUUGGCUAUGUAUGAGUGGGGGCCUUUUGUCAACACAUCAAUGUUUAAUUUAGUCCAAAGUUCAUGUAAUGUGUGGAGACGGUUUAACAGCUGAGGCCACAUACUUUUCACUCAGAGGUGGUUGAUAAGAUGAGACUUGUUUAGGGCUGAUUGUCCCUUUUUAAAGGUCAAGCAGUGUGAGAAAGGUCGAUCCUUCACAAAACAUUUAGCUAUGGCCUGAGAUAAUGUUUGGUUAAACAUGAAACUGUGUGAAAUGUGACUUUUUUACAAAUAUGUUGUUGUUACACUUGAUCAGUAGCCAGAGAAUAAAGUUGUAGUUCAACAUGAAUGACACCCCGUUAUUGAAUUAGGACUGUAAAGUGUAAGUCAAAUGACUAGUCGAUACGAGCUGAAUGGACUCGUCUGUGGUUAAUUUCAUCAGGAGGAACGUACAAAGUGCAGAGCACCCCCGUUUCACAGGUAACAGCCUGUCUCAGAACACCCCCCUUGUUUUCACCAUUUUGGAUUCGCCAAACCCACUGGAGACAGGAAGAUUGAAGAGCGUCCACGUUAAUCUGUAGAAGAUAAUAUAUUUUUUUAAAUGCCUUGCCGUUAGAGUCCCCCCACUUCCGAUUAGUUGAUUGUUGGUCGACCAAGAAUUUCUUUGGUUGAUUACUGCCCUAUAUUGAAUAUAACAGGGUACUGCAUUAUAUUUAUUGAAUUUUCCUCCUGGGAUCAAUAAAUAUCUUCUUCUUCUGCCUCAUUUGUGCUCUCUACAGGCACAUUGUCAUCAGCUGUGUUGUCUUGUUGGAACAUUGUGCAACUUUGUACUUCUUCUAUUUUAAGGGUCCCUUUGUUUGAGCCUCAUUUAAACACAAAAAACAAACUGAUGCACAUCAUUGUGCUUUUGUUGGGAAUAAGGAAGUCAUUCCACUGUUUUUUUGCGCUGUUAUGCCUUUUGUAUUGUCCCAAAGGAGGAAAUAUCAUUGCAGCAGAACAGAAACACAACUGUUUUGCAAGCACACAACCUCCAGCCCUUGUGAGGGGGUUUGAGCUGGUUAAACUGAUUCCUCAGCAUGACGUACAAGAGCAAAGACGACCAUCAGCAACAAGACAGAGAAUUUCCUUGUUACAAUAUUAUGACUGCCAAAGGGGUAGAUGUAAGACCAAAGCUACAGAGACAGACUUCCCUUCAAAUAUUCAAUGGCUGAUAUUCACAAUAAGCUAUAUGUUUGCCUAUUGAGUGACGCAGAAAGAGAAGUGUGUGAAAAAACGUACUUUGCAUGGACACAACUGGAUCUGGAAAGCUUAGAGAUAAAUAGGCUGCUGAAGGAGCCUAAAUCAACACAAACUAGUUCCUUACAGUAGUUUGAACAAGAAUACAGCAGUAUAAAUGGAAGAAAAUAUAUACAUGAGUGUGUCUAUACUGAUUAUGAUUCUUCAUGUUGUUUUGAUACAAUACUUGACCUUCACUUUAAAUUUAAAAUGCUUAAAGGUUCUCAUAGUCAUUUUCAAACACAGCACAGAAUUCACACAUAAAACAUCUAUUCAUAGUGAACCAGACCUUCUGUUGUCUAUGUGCUCUUAGCCUGAUGCAGGUCAACAACUUAGAUAUCAAAAAUAAAGCAGCACUGGGAGUGCUGAACAUCAGGUUCUCACAGUCCACACUCCUUAGUUAGUCCAUGUUGUUCUGUGAAACAAUUGAUUUAAAACAGAAAUGGGAGUGCUGAACAUCUUGUUCUCACAGUCCAUACUCCUUAGUUAGUCCACAUUGUUCUGUGAAACAAUUGAUAUUUUUAUUGGUAAUUUUUGAGCUCGGAGUCAUCAGUAACUAAUCUCAAACAGAUUUCCUCUUUUUCCAGUUUGUCAUUGAUUAAAGUUAGACAUCUUCAGCCAGGCUGUUAUUUUUAUCACUCACAUACAGAUGUUUUUUAUCAGAGACAUUAAAAAGUCCUCCAAAGAUUUUUGCUUUUUACCAAAACCUCAGAAAUCCAGUUUUUUGAUAGAUUAUAGAUGUAUGUAAGACUGUGUGUGUUUGGCUCAGUGUAUAUAAUAAUAAUGCUGAGUGUCAGUCAAUUCUGUCACCCUUCAAAUUUAAUGUGUAAUACAUCACACUUUGUUAAUUUUCAAUGUAGGAAAAAUGUUGUUUAUGGGCUUGUAUAGUAAACUGGAUUUGCAAACUCAUCUUCAUUGUUAUAUAUAGACUGUCCUCUCACAGCCGUGGAGGACAAUACAACAUCUCAUAUAUCAUAUAUCAUAUAUCAUAUAUCAGUGAUAGAACAGAAAUCCUGCUGACUGCUCAGACAUUUUAUCAGUGUUUCUCAUUUAUAAAUAUGUAUUUAAAUGGGACAGUGAUUCUGCUUUGGGUAUAAGAAGAUGUGAAAGGUGCUGAAGAGCAUUUUACAUGAACGCAGAGAAGUCUUGAUAAGUUAUUGUGAAGUAAUCACAGCAAGAGACAAAAGAUUGCAUAACCAGAACACCUUCCAGAUCAGGUCUUCCUCCUGAAGGUCACAUGCCCGUCUUUUCGUACACCAAUAUAACAUUACAGUAUUUAAGAAAAUAUUCACAAGACUUGCGUUACAGGUCUUGUUCCAACCCUGCUUUGUUUGGCCUGUCUUUUGAAUCAAAGUAAGUGGGAAGCUGGUGGUUCUGUUAUUGUAUUCUUCUGGCGGUUCAGUUCACAUGGUGGCAUGGAGUCUGUGUUGACCUGCACUGGACACUGGUCUUUUGUGCUGAGAAACAGUGCUGCCUUUCUAGUUUGCAGCAAGGGAAACCCUGUGGAUGUUUGGACAAGAGGUGGGACAUGUUCUUCAGAUGGCCAUUAUUCCCCCUAAUUGAAAUAGUAACACACUUGAAACUAAGUUAAGAUACUACAAAUGUUAACUGAGUAUAAAACACUCAAGAAUCAUCACCAACCAGCUGUGGAGCUUUUCUUUCUUUCUUUUCUAGUAAAGCCUCCAUCCAUCAUCAAUAGUCUUUGCACUAGAGUCUGACACCUUACCGCACCUGAAACUUACUCUGUGAGGCAGGGAGCUCUCAGUAGGUCCUACCUGCUUAUGUUUCGGCUGUAAAGUGGCAUCUCGUGUCAAAUAUAAACCUUCUCAUACAGCUAUUUUAGACGCUACAUGCAGUCGGUUGCCGCCAACCCCACCCUGUGCCGUCUUGGUUUUGAUCAUUGCACAACAGUAGAACAGCAAGUGAAAGAUAACUGCUAGAAACAUCUGUUGUGCUACUUUUACAUCUGUAUAAAGUUUAGUGCUAAUAGAUAUUGUCAGAAGUUCAAACACAGAAGGGGGGCACAGUGGAGGGUUAGACAGGACAUGCUGCUGUAUCUAUCCCAAAGAGAAAGCUGCCCCAACUGCAGGUGUAGUUUUUCUGUGGGAAACACUGGGUUGGGGUAGGGCUGGGUGAUAUUGCCUCAAAUCAAUAUCACAACAUAUUGAGCAGUUCACCUUGAUAUUGAUAAAUGGACGAUAACUACUCCACAAGCUGCUCAUAUCCCCUCCCACAUUAACUUUAAUCACUUCAGCCGCUACAACUUUUGAACCGUCCUCCAUCUCCUCAUCUGUCUUUCCCUCUUUGUUACUGACUGGAGGGGGUGGAGUCAUGUCUCUGACAUUGGACAGUGUCUUACAGGGACAUGAGACCAUUGCCACACAUCCAAAAUCAACUUUUAUUUAUUUUUUUGACACCAAAUAUUUUGACAUGGGCAAAAUGACAUCGGUUGUUGUCGUAAAUUUCAGUAUCUGUACAUUUUCACCUUAACGCCCAGCCCUAUUUUGGGGUCAAACUUAUCUUGAAUUAAAUGAAGAAGAAGAUGCUUACCAAACCAAAAUUCAUCUUAAGCCGUGACUUUCUGUGUUUGUUUCCUCUUUUAGACUCCUGUGAAGCAGCAAUGGACCAAGCGAGGUCAACGAUUUCCAAAAUUGUGAGUAAAGUAGCUUUUAUGCUACCACCUAAAUCCCAAAAUAACAAGCCUUUGCUGUGAGUUAUCACCUUCAAAACUGAGUGUUGUUGAGACGGCCUUGGAUGCAUAAUGAAUGUUUUUCAUCUUUUCAUCACAGGAACAAAUACUCAUUCCUUUACAUUUCAUCACCACUUUACUAAGUGAUUAUUAGAGCAACCAAAGUUCAACAUCAGCUGUAAAUAUUUUUCUGCCUAAUAGCUGCGGUUGUGUUUCAGAUUUAAGAUAAGAGUAAGAGUCGCAUGAAACACCUGUCCUAACUUGUAAAAUGUUUAUUUUUUUGCCAGUGACUCUUUCAUGAGUAACUCUAACUUGAAGGCCCUCCAACUUUUUCAACGGCUUGGACUUGUGCCACAUCAAAAUCUUUAGCCGUUUUGUCUCGCAACCACAUUAUGAAACCAGCACACAGAUCAUCGGGAGACAUAGAAUGAAGGAAAGAAAGCAUUUCCUCUUGCUCUUACAUCCUCUCUGUAGAAACAGUGUUUAACUGCAUAAAUCACUUCCGCUUCAGCUGUUAAAUUUCCUCCUGAAUUAGUCUCACAAAAAUAGAUAUUGAAAUAUUCAACAUUUUCAAUUUUUUCUUUUUAUCGAAUCUAACCCUGCACAAACAAAUCAUCUCUUGAGAUUUAUCAAAACCUUUUUAAAAUAACCUCAACUUGAACAUUCAAACACAGAGAUGGUGACAGAACAAGGUUACAGUUCCUCUUUUCUUUUGGAUGAAGAAAAGUGUGUCCUAACUUGUUCAAGAAAUUAACUAGAAAUGAAACAGAAUAUUAAAAGGGGUUAGGGUUCACAAAAGUAAAGGAAACAGAAAGGAGCACUUUUUCUUAGCUAACGUGAUUCCCACUUAAAAAAUAGACAUGACAAUAAACCACCUGAUUACAUUUCUUCAACCAAUUCAGAGUUAAAAACAAAACGACCCUUACUUUGAAAUCCUUAAUGAGAAUUAAUAAACGGUUAAACAUGAGAGAAACUACAAGCUACCACCCACCCACAGCAUUUGAAUGAAGCUACUAAGUGAGGCACUGAUGUUGAAUCAUUGAAGAAUGAACUUUAUUUCAAUCAAUGUGUUUACAUAUAAUCUUCUGUUGUCCCAACAGUCAUUGUUUGACAAAAACCUCAUGGUCAGAGGUUAAUGGAAAUUUUGACACAACCAAAAACAACAUACGAUAUGAUACGAUAUGAUACGAUAUGAUACAAUAUGAUACGAUACGAUAUAGUUUAUUGUCCCUUUGGGGAAAUUUGUCUUGAACUCCAAAAGCUGCACAGAUAAAGCCGCCAGCUGAUGACACAAAGCAAUAGACCUAACUAAGACACAGUCACACAAACCACACACAUUGCACAUGCCCAUAUUACACAAGAAUCCCACAGAAAUGGUGAAAAGAAACACAUCGACAAUAAACAACAAUAACAAAGAACAAGACACAACAAGACCAAAAAGAAAAGGAAAAGAUAACAAUAAAACACCAUGACAUUAAUGCAUAAUCUGGCUAUAUUUUUGGAAUCAUUAUUUAGAAACCUAAUUGAGGUAGACACAAAUGAGUUUUUAAAACGAUUCAGUCUACAUUUGGGGACUCUGUAUCGUCUACCAGAUAGUAGGAGUUCAUACUUAGGGUAAAGGAUGUGAGAAGGAUUGGAUAAAGCUCGCUGUGUUUGCCUGAGAACAAACUAUUCUAUGUUAACAAUAAAUAAACAACAUCGUCUUUUACUCGAUUAUUACAGUUCAAUGGGGAGCCACAUACCUACACCCGUUUUAACUUGGCCCGGAACAUGGAGGGUGACAACAGCCACGUGGAGCUAAAGAUGUCGACUGACAUGGUUGAGGAGGCUGAUGGGAAUGGUGUGGGAGAACACCUCAAUCACAACUCUAACCACAAACCCUACAUGGCCCAUAAGCCCGGACGUGACCCCAAGAACAUCUGCUUCAAGGUCGCCAUGGGCCUCCUCAUCUUCAUCAUUGGUAAGAAAGGGGUUUUACACAAAUAAGUGCAGAUAAAUUUAAGAUUUUCAUCAACCUGUUAGAAAGUGUACCUCAGGGAUCAAUCUCUGGGCUUCUACUUUUAAAUCCAUGUAACGUGUUUUCUCAUCUACUAAUGAAAUGAAAUGAGGAGUUUUAGCUGGUUACACAACAGGCUGACUUUCUUUUACAUUUUCAAUGGGAAAGAUUUGCUGUAAGUGAUAGGUUUGACUACCAAAAUAAAGAAGGGUAGAUGUUUUGGUCAGUAUCACAAAUUACACAAGAUAAAUACAAAAAUAUUAGUCUAAAAUUGACAAAAAACAGAAAGCUCCUCACAGGAGUUUCGUUGUAACCUUGACUGUUUUCCUCUGGUUAUUCCAGGAUACCUGAUCAGUUUCAUGAUUCACUGGAAGAAGGACGUUGGACCCAACUGUGCCUCCUCUGCUCCCUCUGUCCCCCCAUAUGCAAAAGUUGUGGCCCCUGAGACAGGUGCCGCCCCCCUCAUGGACUGGGAUGACGUGAAGGCACUCCUUGCCAAGAAAGUUUCUGCAGCCAAGUUUGAAUCUGUUUUCAGGUAAGAGUAAACUUGACACACUGCUUGAGUCGUGUACUGUUGGGCGGUGUAAACCAGUUUUUAAAUGAAUGCUUUAUUUGUGUCAAAAUAAAAAGGAGAAAUUAAUUAUCCUUAUUUCCACUCAUGUUUAUCCCAGUGAGUUUUCCAGUACCCAACAUCGGGCUGGUUCUCCAGGAGACGAGGCUCUGGGAAACAAGAUGCUCGACAGGUUUAAGGAGUACGGCAUGAAAACCUGGACUGAUGAGCACUUUGUGAAGGUUCAGGAUCCCCCUGCAUCUGGAUACAACACGUAUACUUUUAGGAACCAGACUGAGAGGCUCGAUGGAUUUUUGUCUUACAGUGGCACCGGAACAAGAACGGUAAAAUAAACGCCUAAUUAAUUUGACUUAAACAUUACACUAAAUUAACAGCAUAAUAGGAUUCACAAUACAAAACUUGCAUUACUUUCUUAAAAGCGUGUGUGUUCUCAAGUCAUAGAGGAGAAAGUUUUGUCUUCUUAACACCUUAGUAACCUGAUUUUUUUUUUUGAUAAUGAGCAUGCUUUUAUUUUGAAGAGACUAUUUUAUUUGUUAAGUUAAAGAUGUAUUAGCACAACCUGAGAGGACACAGUUGCCAUGUCUACGCAAUGUUCAGCUUCUGGAGUCAAUGAAAAUUCAGAAUAAGACCAAGUAUAAGUAAAAGCAGAUAGCGCCCUCUGCUGUUCAAAAAGGAUAGUUUCUUUUUGUUUCACUGACUUGAAUUUCUGAUGUGUACUGACUCCCGAGGUAGUUUCAUCCCUACUGAUCAAACAUGACAAAUUCUCCAAUAUUAAUUGGAAAUAUAAAAAAACAUAAUUUUCCUUGGUUUUAUUUCUUGCUCAGGGGGCUGCCUUGCAAGCAAACUACGGGCAGGAAGAGGACUUCAAAAGGCUGCGGGACAAAGGCAUCAACAUGAACGGAAGAGUCGUGCUGGUCAAGACCGGUCUUAUCAGCUUAGCAGAGAAGGUGGGUAAUUUAUAGAGUUUAGAUAUUACGGUCAACUCUUUAUGAUCACAUUGAAAAUAAAGGUAAUGUUUUUGGUAAUGAUUGUAUUAUUACAUAGCUAUGGAUUCUUUAUCAUGUUGUCCACAUGACCUUUUUGUUUCCUUGUACUUACAGGUUGCCAAUGCGGCUAAAAUGAAUGUCUCUGCUGUGCUGAUCUACCCAGAUUCGCCCUCGGCAGAAAAGACCCCUCUGUUUGGACAUGUGAGUUUCCUCUAACUUUGCUGAUUUAAAAUUUAGAAGCUUGACAAAAGGACCCCAGGACUUCACUGUGCAAUCCUAAUGAUGGAAAUCUCGUUUAAACUAUAUUACCAUCCUUCCCUCCUCUCUCUGUCUCCCACAGGUCCACAUGGGCUCAGGAGAUCCCUACACUCCAGGCUUCCCCUCCUUCAACCACACCCAGUUCCCACCCAUCGAGUCUUCAGGGCUUCCAAAAAUUUUGGCUCAGACCAUCUCAAAUGAAAAAGCUAAAAGCAUUUUGGCGUAAGACUGAAAUGCACUUUGGACCAUCUAAAAUAUGACAAUGAAAGAGGCUGCAUCACGCUUUAAACCAGUGCAUAUUAAAGUUUAUUUAAUCAGUGUUGGUUUUUAUCGUCUGCUCUCUGCAGGAACCUGGGGGGUGAGAGUGUACCAGACGGAUGGGGAAGUUUCUACAAACUGGGAGGAGAGAGCGAUCUUAUCACUGUGGAGAUCAGUAAUGUUCUCACUGAGAAGAAGAUCAACAAUGUCUUCGGGGUCAUCAAAGGCUUUGUGGAUGAAGGUACAACCAGGAUUUUAAUCAGCUACUUGAGAUGUGGACCAAAAAUAGGUGACAUAUGAGGACUCACUCCUACUUUUGUUUCCAAUUGUAGAUCGAUAUGUGGUUAUCGGCGCCCAGAGGGAUGCAUGGGGUCCAGGUUUCGCUGCAUCUACUGUCGGCACCAGCGUCCUCGUUGAGCUGGCACGUUCGAUCUCAGAUAUGGUGAAGAAUGGUAGGUUUUUUAAGUGAGGUCGAGCUGAGUUUUAGGACUCUUUAUGUUAGAUUCUCCACAUGACUUUAAUGAUAGUAAUGAUGGUAAUAACUGCUGCAGGCUUUCAGCAGCGACAAUCCAGAAGAACCUAUAAGAUAAAAGCUCAGGGACUCGCAGAUAGAUCUGUGGUUAGAAACUUUUAAUGGGACAGGAGAUUUAAAGGUAGGCUGAAUAUCCUCCUUAAAUCUUGAGCCCUAAGCCCUUAAGGACUUUGUUGAUCUCACUUGGAAAGUGAGUGGGUGUAUUGAGUGGCAAAGGCUUAAUUUUGUAUAAAUAGGAACGGGAUAGUGUGAGCGUUUCCUACAAAACACCGAUGGCUCAAAGUCCUGCUUUCAAAAAAAGUUAGAUCUUCUCCAAUCUUCUCAUGUUUAAGUUUUAUUGAACAGAAGAGAAAUUUAUCAAUUAAGUUUUUAAUUUGCAUCAAUAUUUUCAUAAACAUAUGAAAAGUUCCUACUGAGAAGGUACUUCUAGAUUUAUCUCUUUAGCCUGACUGUAGACCUGGUGAAAUUGUAGAGGUGUAGCUGCAGUGCAGCUGCAGUGUGAUCUGGUUUGAUUUGGUCAUUUUGUGUUUUUCAAAAAUGUUUGUGAUCCAGUCUGUGCUAUCAAGACAAGACGGUUUUGUCUUUUUCCUGUCUUUCAUCUCGAUUACUAAAUUUCCCGUCAUGAACGUGCUCACAAAAGAAGAAGAUGUCACAGGAUAGGCUCAGUCUAAAUAAGAUCUUCCUGAAAUGAAUGUUCAUUGGUUUUUCUCUUCACAGAUGAAUUCAAACCGCGGAGAAGUAUCGUGUUUGCGAGCUGGAGUGCUGGAGAAUAUGGGAAUGUUGGUGCCACUGAGUGGUUGGAGGUGAGACUUGCAGCUUACAGGUUUCCUCCUUUGCUUUGUCCCGGUUUAUGUAGAUGUAUCGCUUUUCUGUCUUCUUAAAUUUUUUCUUUGCCGUUGUUUCAUGCAGGGUUAUCUGACUUCACUGAGCAUGAAAGCCUUCGCCUACAUCAACCUGGAUGCUGUUGUGACAGGUACACACCUGAGGCUUCUUUCACCUUUAGAUUAUCUCAACAUCAACGCUUUUCUUCUAUAACUCUGAAGGUGAUGCAGAGCAACUAAGCAUCUUUUGUUUGUUUGUUUGUUUCAGGUGAUGGUGGAUUUAAAGUGUCAGCCAGCCCCUUGUUGCACAGCCUGAUCCAGAGCACGAUGAGAGAGGUAGACAGUUUUUAGCUUAUUGUUAAAUAAUGUGAAGUGUUCAAACAUUUGUACGUUUUCUGUCAUUGACUGUUUUGACUUUAAUCCAAAUACUGAACAGAUAAGAAACUUGUUCAAUACUUAAUGUGUUUGUUAACUGUCUUUUUCAUAGUUGAACUACCCAAACAAGGCCUCACUCUUUUCUCAGUUUGGAAGGAGCGACUGGGAAAAAAAUGUGUAAGUGUGACCAGACUGUUUAUCUGAGCACAUCCUGAAUGUUCAGAGUUUUGUUUGUUACCAUAAAAAACAAGCUUUUCUUAAUAGUGUCAUGUCCAUGUGUGGGGGUCCUGUUAUUCUUACUUUUGGAUUAUUUAGCUACCUUGACUUCUUUUUCAAAAUACUGACACUGAAAUCUUUUUUAUUUUCCAGGUUGCAGACCAUGAAGAUGAAUGACACUGCAUAUCCGUUCCUCGCCUUCUCUGGCAUUCCCUCAGUUUCUUUCAGAUUCAACUCUGAAGCCUCUGUAAGUCUUUUUUCUUUGCACUUACAUUUUUAUUGAACCUUUUUGAGUUCACGACCCAGAACAACAUUUUGAAGAUGUAAAAUUUUAAACAAUUAAAGUUUGGUCCACCUUUGUGCUUUUUCCCCUCAGCACUACCGGUACUUUGGCACACUGCUGGACACCCGCGAAAAGCUGAACAUUGCCACAGUUAACAAGGUCACUCAACUGGCUGAGUUAUCCGCCCGGUUUGCCGGUCACAUGGCGCUGAGGCUCGUCCAUGAUCAUCUGCUGCACUUUGACCUGAAGAAGUACGACAAGGUUAUUCGUACUCACGUGGCUCAGAUUAACUCGAGAGUGUUGGCUGUUAAAAGGGUGAGUGACCAGUUAAAUUUACCCAACAGCUGACAUAUCUGUGAAGGCUGCAUACCCCAAGAAAUUGCUAGAGUGAAUAAAAAUGUCUUUAAUUUACACUCAUUGUUUCUGCAGGAAGACUCAAUAAACUUCUUGUGUUUGUGUUUCCAGAUACAGAAGGACAAGCUGCCUCGGGCCCUGACGGUGCAGUGGUUGAUGUCAGCUUCAGGCUCGUACAGCCGUGCCUCGGACAACCUGCUCAGUGACAUCCAGAACAGCAACCUGGAUGACAUCGAGAUGUGCCGCAUCAUUAAUGACCGCAUCAUGGCUGUAAGAUGUCCCAAAACUCAAGAUUGAUUUUUGUAGAUUUAGAGAGUAACUCGCAAAACUUUUUAGGGCCCUGGACAGUUUUAGUUAUUUCUUGUAGAACGCAGUUGAAAAAAGGUUGUGUUCGCUUUUUGAAAUAACAGCUUUUAUGUAGCUUGAGUUUAUUUGAUUAAACUAUUCACACGAUUCUGCUGACAGGAACCAAAAAACAGAUAACAAACUGUGUUUUUAGAGCUUUUUUGAAAAAGGACUUUCUGUCAUAUUGCAGCAGCUGAAUUGACAGAAAAAAAAGAAAUAGUCUGCAUGCAUUUGAGAAAAAGUCGUUCCAGCCUGAAAAUAAGAAGCGGCCUGCACUUUGAAGGAGAGGGUUGAAGGUAGAGGUGUCCCGAUACAACUUUUUGACUUCUGAUACAAUACAGUUAUUGUAGCCUUCAAUAUUGACCGAUACCAAUAUUGAUCUGAUAUUGGCACAAAAUCGUGUAUGACAAGUUUUCACUCAGCUGCAACGUCUUUUUCGGACUUUAACAAAAAAUACUACCACAAGGCCUACAUCACUCUUACUCCUUGCUAGUUUGUUAGUGCCUUGUGCACGCUGUUGUUGUGAGCUUGCUGGAUCAGGGUGCUGCUAGAUAGGGGUUCCGGAGCGGAGUCUGGAAUGGACCGCUUGUAUCGGAGUGCUGAUAUCGGAGAUUUUAGAUGCAGGCCGAUAUAAUCCAACAUUCGGUUUUUGCUGAUAUCGUACUGAUAUCAAUAUCGUAUCGGAACAUCCUUAGUUGAAGGUCAACAUAAAGAACUUUUUUUCAAGAUUGAGCAUUUAAGAUUACAAAUGUUGAUUUCUUCACAGGCUCAUACAGAAAGUCAGUUAAAGGCCAUAACUGCAUGAGGCGCGGACUUGAAGAGUUAUCGAUAUCAGUAAAAAUAACCCAAAUUUAAGUUUUAAAAAGGGGCAGGAUGUCAAAAUGUGGAAACAAAAUCAAUCUAAAAAAUGUCAGCACAGCUCAGAAUAGGUGAUUUUGAGACGAAAGGUUAUUAAAGAGAAACUCACUCCAUCCUGAUCAUCGAGUAAGCUAAACUCAAGUCCACUACCCCUUUAAAUGCCAAAACUAAUCUCCUUUUUUCCCCGAUCUUCUCCUCUUCUUGUUUUUGCAGGUGGAGAGGAACUUGCUGUCUCCCUAUUUGUCCCCCAGAGAGAAUCCUUUCCGCCACAUCCUGCUGGGCUCUGGUCCUCACACUCUGAAGGGUCUGGCCAACCACCUGGACGCCCUCCGAAUGGACACCCCAGACGCAGAUGCCACCCUGUUCCGCAACCAGUUUGCCCUGGCUACCUGGACCCUUCAAGGCUGCGCCAACUCACUAGCAGGAGACAUCUGGUCCUUGGAUAAUGAAAUCUAAGACAUGUUUCCUCCCUCACCUUCUUUCUUUGCGGUCUGGCCCUCUCACAGUGUGAAAACCAGUAGGCUGUGAUGAAUCACCAACAGUCACAGAAAGCACAGAUUUUAAAUUUAACUUGAGAUUAUUGAGAAAAUGAUAGAAGUGGAACUAUUUCUUAAUGUUACAGACAUCACAGCCAUCUCCUCUGCUUAUUCAGUUCAGCUGCCUAAACUCCCAUUGUUCCAAAUUCACCACAAAAGCCAAACACUUCUGACAAAACACGCUCAUUUUUUCGCCUUAACUGACAACAAAUAGGUCAUUCUCUUUCCCACGCUCAUAGUCAGUCCUGUAAUCAUUUGAACAUAAUUUCAUUUAUUUUAUAAUCUAUUUGAAGUGGCAUUUUGAAAUCUUUGGUGCUAGUAACAACUACCUGAAAUGGCCAUUUCAAGUGGCAGUAUUACUUAAACUGGCACUGCAUUAUCAAAGAGUUGAAUGUAGUGGAAAUGACCUUUUUUCAGCACAGUGUCGUCCGGUCCUAACCUCAGGAAAAAGGCUGCGUUUGCCAGCUCAGACAUCAACAGAUCUCAACACAGCAGAAGGAUAUAAUAAGUUAACACUUGUUUACCAUUACUCUUACCGAUCAAAACUGCUGGUAUUUCCACUGCUGCUGGAGCCUUACACUCAAACCUGAGCUGCUUUGUGUCGGUAGCAAUAAUUUCGUACUGUGCUGAAAUCUGCUGCUCAACUCGCUGUCAGAGAUUCAGGAGCUCAAUGAAAAGACAGAAGAUACUCUUGUUGUGUUUCCCUGAACACACUUAGAGUAGAUUUUGGACAAUCAGCUAAUACUUGGAACCAUUUUUGGAUUCCCAGUUACAUGCAGUAAUGAUUUGUUAAUGAUCUGGAUUGGUCACCUCCUGAUAUGAGAACAAACCUCUGUAGGCCUCCAAAAAACCAAGAGAGAAAGAGACCAUGUGGCACUGAAACACAAACCGUACGUCUAUUUAUUGUAUUAUUUAUUUAUCAGUGACAGGGUUCACUAUAAAUAGUUUUUUUUAUCGCCUUUUAUAAAUAAAAAAAAAACGAUGUAUAAUUAUCGGGAGCAGUGCCUUCCAUAAUUAUGACAGUUAUACUGUCGAAAUGACGAAAGCAGCAUCUGCUAACAGAGGUGUACAUGUGGACCGACGGCCAGUACUGAACACAGAAACAUCAGAAACCUCUCUCUGAGGUGACUUCCUUUAAACUGACACUGGAUCGGCGAAUAUUUACUGAAAGCCUCUGUGCGUCAGUACAGGUCCUUGGUGCAUGAACACCUCUUAUCCAAGCAUUAUCGGGAGCAGUGACUUCCAUAAUGUGCAAAACGUAGAAGGUAGUUUUUAUUCUACCAGUAUGUGUCUGUAUCGGAGGCAGUGCCCUCCAUAUUUCACUGUAGGGGUGGAUGUUUUUAUUAUCGGGGACAGUGUUUCCCAUAAUGUUUGUAUAUACAGUUCCUUGCUUCACAUCCCACAUGUUUGCAUCUGUAGGAGCCCUCUAGGCUGUUCCCUCGCCGUAGCUUCCACAGGUGGUGCUAAGUUUUUACUCGAGCUCUUAUUAAAGCGACUCCUGUCUGUCUGCUUUGACACUGCAUGACUUUAAAAUUCCUCUUUGCCUCUUUUCAAUCAAACAUUAAUCAGGUAUGUCGUCUUUCCUUUGGACUUGACAUGAGACAGGUGCAGAAGAUCUUUGCUUUCAAGAAAAUGUUACAGACAUGAAAAUGGCCUCUGUGGUCCCAGCUGCCUGGUCCAGUUCUUCCAGUAAAGAUCAGUACUCUGCUAGAUGGGUUUUUAUUUCUGUUGAUUUAUUUACUGGGUGUGAGAGUAAAUCCUGUGUUCUACUUUGAUGUGUUCAUUCAUGUUCAGAUAUUUCGUUGUGCCUUGUUGUGUUUUGACUGCGGUAUAGAGCUACAUGCAGAAGAAUACUUGUUUGAUAUGUUUUGAAGGAUGUACCUUUGACUUGUUUUGUUUAGUUUUGACAUUUCUGUUCUCUCUUUUUUUUUCCUGUUUUCUGCAAAAAUCAAAAGUUACUGCUUUCAAAGCCUGUUAUGACACAACAAUUAGAGGAAAAAUGACCAGUUACAGUAUAAAAACUGACAAAGAAAGAAAGAAAGAAAUCGUUGUUGAAUGGAUGUCAAAAAUUACACAGCAGUUGUUACACUUGUUAUUGUCUUUUUUUUAGCUGAUGCUAAGCCUCCAGUUGGAAAAAAAGAAUGUAAUUGUUUUACUCUAUGAAGAACUCAGAGAGACUUAAGUCCUCAUCGCAGCGGUCGCUGGUCCGACUCCUGGCCUCGACCCUUUGCUGCACUUGAACCCCCAUAUCCCUCAUUUCCCAUCUCUCUUUAGUAGCCUUAUCAUUAAAGGCAAAAGUGCCCAAAAGUAUAACAAAAACCAACCUUUUUGUAAUGAAAACACAGGAAUUGAUUGAUUAGUCUUUUAAAAUUCAUAAAACAUGGACAUUGAAAGUGUUUAAUGUAACAAUGCAUUUUCCUUUUCAAACAGUAGAAAAUGUGCUUAGCUUUACUUUUCUGUUGCUGCAAUAAACAAUCAGAAAUGAG